GAGUGCUGGUUAACGACCAGCAGAAGCAGCUCUCGCAUAGCAUUGCAGAUAAAAUUCAUAUACACAUACAAGCGAACGGAUUCGUGGAGCAAAAAUAUCAAAAUUGGCAGGAAUAAAAGCGUUCGCCAGCAAUCAGGCAGCGGCGAUACGGGUGCCAUUGGACACGGGAGCUCCGUAGAAGAGCCGCGGGCGCCACAAAUUGGUGCAUAGUGUGCUAAAAUAGGCGUAAUUGGCAAGUUCAAUGCACGAAUAAUAUAUUUGGCCACACUUGUGUAUGUGUGUUGGUGUGACGGCUUAUUUGCAAAUGAAACAGCAACAAGAAACGGCGUGAAAAGUGACCCAGAAGCCAACCGAUUCUGCAUCCACAUCCGCACACGGAUGUGGAUAUAGGAGAUAUAUCCUAUUGGAUAUAGUUGGCCGUGCAAUCAACGUCAAACUAGAGCGAAGAGCAGGAAGCGAGGUGUGUGGAAGUAGAAGUGGAGAUGUAGAAGCGGCUCCAACGAGUGUGAGUCAAAGUCAAGUGUUUGGUUUUCAGUUGUCGGUUUUCCGUGUGGUAUUGUGAAAUUUCUCGUCUCCUCCGUAAUCGGUACUCCGUGCUCCACAUUCUGUCGCAGCAGAGACGCCACUUCAACGACAAAAUCUUUCAAUUUGACCCAACUCGACCAUAAAACCCAAAAAAAAAUCUGAGUGAGGCAGCCAAACAACAAGAAAUCAAAGCAGAAAAAUCAGUAAGAGCACCAGCAGCAGCAGCAGGCAGCACCAGCACCACCACCAGCACCACCACCAGCUAAAAACUUGUUUCGAAAAAGAGAAUAAUCGAAGAAGAAUCGUAAAGAAGCGUGCUCCUAGCGGCCGCGACGUCACCAAAAUACCAAACAACCGAACAACAGCCGCCGCAACAGCACCAUCAUGGACGAGGAUAACAACCUGUCCAAUGCGGACAUCAGCAUCGAGGAUGUGGAGCAGGUGCGCGAGACAAUGAUGGUUCAGGACGAUGAGGAGGAUGACGAGGCCUCCGAUGUCGAUCUCUCCUCGGUAGCCUAUGUGCUUCCGGCCAAUGUUACCAUAAGCACGGGAUCAUCGGGCACAGCAACCACCGGUGCUGGGAGCUCGCCACGCGCCAGUGCCGGAGGUAGCGCUGCUGGGCCAGGGAACUCGCCCUCGCCAUUUCACGACUGGGACUCUAGCGCCGAUCCGCCGCCGCCGGUACCGGACCGGGCAGGUGGUGGUGGUGGAUCGGGUGCAGCGAGCAGCACAGGAGGCAGUGGCAGCAAUAAUUCAGGUGCCGCGACAGGCGAUUCCGGGGCCAAGCCCAGAUUCUUCUUUGGCACGUCCUCGUUCAGCUUGCGCAGCCGCAAGGAGGUGGCCGCUUUAAUCAACACGGAAUGCUGCCGUGGCAGCCCCACACCGGACCUGGACUCGAUCAUGGACACGCUGUUCAAUCCGGGUACGCCCAUUGACAAUCCGGACAACAUCGAGUGGAUACGAUGGCUUAUCGCCGGCGGACGCACGCCGCAGGAGUUUGUCAAAAUCGUGCGCAGCUAUGACAACCAUGCCAAAUGCGGUCUCGUUUGGGUGCCACAUGUGGUGGCGUACCGAUGCCGCACCUGCGGCAUAUCGCCCUGCAUGUCCAUUUGCCGGGACUGCUUCAAGAAGGGCAACCACGCGAACCAUGACUUCAACAUGUUCCUGUCACAGGCGGGCGGUGCCUGCGACUGCGGGGACACGUCCGUGAUGAAGGCCGAGGGCUUCUGCAGCGACCACGGGAUCAACAAUCGAGUCAAUCGCGACCCAGUGCCCAACAACCUACUGGCCGUGGCGGAGGCCAUCAUGCCCAAGCUGCUGUUUCGCCUGCUGCAGCACUUCCGCGAGCACAGCGACACCUCGCUGCAGGUGCACGCAAAGACCUCCUACUCGUGCGAGGAGUUCGCCAACAUGCUGAUCGAUCUGAACAAUAUGGGCGAGAUCAUGCGCAAGGUGAUGACGCGCACGCUGAUCAACCCAGAGGUCUACGCCUACUUCAUGGAGGCGCCCUGCCUGGAUACCCGCAACGGCCGCUUCCUGCGCGCCAAUCGCGAGAAGUACGAGGAUGCGGUCAACAGAUUCCCCAAUCCAGAGCCGCCGGACGAGUACAGGGAUCUGCCGGCGCUGGGCGACAAGCUGGUCCACACCACGCUGCUGGAAGAGUUCAUUUUCUGGACCUUCAAGUUUGAGUUUCCACAGACGCUGGUCUGCUUCCUGCUAAACAUGCUGCCCGAUCAGGACUACAAGGAGCACCUGACCCGGACAUUUGUGAUGCACUACAGCCGCAUUCCGUCCGUGCUGGAAAUGUCGCGCGAUCCGGACACACUGAGCAACCGGGUGGUGCACAUGAGCGUCCAGCUGUUCUCCAACGAGAGCCUCGCCCUCAAGAUGGUCAACGAGCUGUCGUUGCUGCAUGUGAUGAUCAUCAGUCUGAAGCUGAUGAUGUCCAAGAUACUCAUACAGAAUACCCUGCACGAUCCUCUCAAGAACUUCCACUUCGUCAUCGACUGCACGCGCCAGGUGAUGAAGGAUCACUGCUACUGGCCUCUGGUAUCCGACUUCAACAAUGUUCUUUCGCACGAAUCGGUGGCCUUGGUCUUCCUGCGGGACGAUAACCUGAUCGAUAUGUGGUUCCAGUUCCUGCAGAUGCUCCAGGGCAUGAACGUGAACCUCCGCGAAACUGCCUCCCAUGUGGAGUUCGAGCCGAACAGCUACUAUGCGGCCUUCUCGUGCGAACUGGAGGCCAGCGCCUAUCCCAUGUGGUCCAUCAUCUCCCACUUGCAGGACGGAACGCACGCCAAUUUGGCCAAGAAGAUCAUCAACUACUGCGUGACCACUCUGCACGAGUGGCUAGACUCGAUUUACUUUAUGGAGGCCCGGCUGUCGAUGGAGGAGAUGAUGCAAGCCUCGUUCCACUUUCCACUGCACCGCUACCUGGCGGCGUUCGUCUGCCAGGCGGUGACCAAAAUGGGAAUCAGUCUGAGCGAGGUGCUGCCCUCGCGUCCAUACCUGCUGCCCCUGCUGAUGAUUCAUCCACUGCGUGUCCAGAGCUUCUUCUACGAGAUCCUGGCCGGAAAAUGGGUUCGCAAUGGACUGCAAAUCAAGGGCCAGGCCAUGACCUACAUCCAGGCCAACUUCUGCAACUCGAUGGCCGACAUGGACCUGUUCUUCCUGCAGAUCUGCGCCACCAACCUGCCGCAGUACUUCUUCCUGCAGAACACCAUCGAGCUGUUCGAUGUGGGCCAGUGGCUGGAGACCGCGCCCCUCAAGCAGCCCCAGAAAGCCGAGCAGUCCUCAAUGCUGGAGGGAUUCCUCACGUUCCUGGCCACUCUGGUCACGAGCCGUACCAACCUGGGCAACGAUGAGGCCACCCAGUGCAUCAUUGAGAUUAGUGCUUUGUUGGCCACCGAGAACAAGACCCACUCACAGCUCCUUGAACUGAUGCCGGAGCGAUCCGGAAAUGUGCACACCAAGAACUUCGAGAUCUUCCUCAAGAAGCUCUCCGUGUAUAAGGCUCCGUCCAGUGGGAGUGAGAACCUGGAGCAGGGACUCUUCACGCCCAUUGACGAGGUGUGGGAGAAGCACUACGAUCCGCUCCACGUCCUGCUGCGGGCGGUGCAUCGCCGGGACUUCCAGUCGUCGCUAGAUCGCUUCACCAACUAUGUCAAGUCCAAGGAAAAGAUGCCGGCCAGCGGUAAUCUGUGGCCGCCAUUCCGCCUGCCGCAGGCUUUGCCAGCCAACAGCUCGUUCAGCGAUCCCUGCCGGAUCCUCAACUCUCGUGUCUUCCACUCCACCAUACUGUCGAUCUUCUUCCGGGCCGUGCACACGCGCGACGUGUCCGAGCACCUUCUGGCCCUGGCUGUGUUCCUUCUGGAGAUCGCCGUCGAGACCAGCAAUGACGUGGGCUCCGGUCAGGCUGGAGGCGGUUGUGGUAGUGGCGCUGGUGGCAGCGGAGAUCGCGCUCCCUCAUCUGUGGCCGCUGCCGUAGUGGAAUCGUCGUCCAGCGGAUCAGGCUAUCACGGCUAUGGACCCGGACGGCAGGAGCCGCCGAAGCUCUUCCAGUGCUAUCCCACGGAUAAUCUGAGCUGCAAUCUGCGCCACGUUGUGAAGAAGGUGUCGCUCAAGUCACGUGAUCCUCAGGUGAUUACCUCCAGCUACCGUUCGAAUCCCUUCUACUCGGACCUCGACUACGACGUGGAAACCGAUCCGGAUCACGCGCUGCGCAUGAUCGGUCACGUUGAUUCGGAUGCCGAUGAAGCCACCGGCGGUGUAGUUAUCGGCGGUGCCAUUGGCUCCGCUGGGAUGGCAGGAGCGGGUGCCCUGAGCCGCAGGAACGUGUCCCAGGCUCUCGUGCCUCUGCGAGUGCCAGGCAUGGAAGUGGCCCUGCCGCCGGAUCUCUCAGUUGUGGCCGAAACCGGUGUAGUGAUUCGCCAGGACAGCAACGAUGACGAGAUGCUGCGCGACGGUGAUCAUGCCAUGGACAUGAGUCCAGCGGCUGCCCUGGACUUCCACUUUCCCCUGCAACAGAUCACGCUGCCCGAGAGUGGCAUGGAGGUGGCCAUACGCCGGGACCUUCUUCUGGCGGAGACCAAUAACGUGGGCGUUGGCGGAGGGCCCGGAGUGGGUGCUGGCGGCGGAGUGGGUAACGCUUCUGUCGGCAAUCCCUCCAACGAGAUGUUCUCCCCCACCACGCCCACCGGCAGCGGCAUGCUGUUACCCUUCCAGCGGGUCCAGCCUGUGGCCGUGCCCAGCAACAUGGACAUAGUCCCAUCGAAUGCCCUGGGAGCCGGAUCCAGUUUCACAUCGGGCGUGAGUGGCUCCGGCGGCGGUCGCCGCAUGAACUACGAGUCGGGCGGCGCCCGAAAGAGGUCCGUAGACAUAGCUAUCGGCGGCGUAGGCAACAAGGACGAACUACAUCUCGACGAGAGCAUCCUAUCGCUGCUGCUCAAGCUUCAUUCCCAACUCAGCGGAACCCUCGAUAGCUUCUCGCUCAGCGACGGCGAGGAUCGGGCAUCUGGCGGAGACGACGCCAUGGAUGUGGACUGUAUGGACGUGGCCAGCACCUCGUCGGCGGCUGCCGAGAGCACUGCCUUGGCCGAAAGGGGUCGUGGUGGCAGCAGCGGCAGGAGCGCCACUCGCAAUUACAAGGACAUCCAUGUGUCGUCCUCGAGAAUCGGCGACGGGCCGUUUUUCAUUGGGAAUCUGCUGCGCAAGAUAGCCAAACGGGACGAGCUGUGCGCCCAAAACAUUGACGAUAUCCGUGCGCGGCUGUGGCCCAACCAGCGCGAGAAGCAGGCAGAGGCCAAGGCGCGCGAGACCAAGGAGAAGGAGGAGCGCCGGAAGCGCGCCCGCGAACGCCAGCAAAAGAUGAUGCAGGACUUUGCCAACAAGCAGAAACAGUUCAUGCAAUCGGCGGCGGCCGCGGCCGGCAGCACGACCUACGGACUGGAGGACGACGAGGACGAGGACCUGUACGAGGAGCAGCCGCGCGAGAAGGAGUACGAUUGCAUUAUUUGUAAUUGCACCACGCCCAGUACCGAAUCGAACCCGAUCGGACUGGUGGUCUUGGUGGAGUCCAGUGGCAUUGUCGGCCAUCGACGCCGCAUUGCCGAGCGUCUGCCCCUGCCGCUGAACGUGGAGGACGAGUACCGACUGGCGCACACUACUCGCCUGGCGGCAGAGUUCGGACGCCGCACCGAACUGCUCAGCCUUAAGUUUGGGGACGAGUCCUGGUAUCUGUCCAACAAUAUGGCCUACGACAAUGGAGUGCAUGUGCAGUCGUGCGGGCACCACGUGCAUCUCAGCUGCCUGGAGGCGUACCUGAAGACGCUGUACACCACCCAGCGUCAGCCUGUGCAGGAUCGUGGUGAAUUCUACUGCCCGGUGUGCCGGCAGCUAUCCAACUCAGUGCUGCCGCUCAGUCCGCAGCUGGACAGGCCCACGCAUCUUGUCCGAAGCGGGAACCAGCCUUUCGAGCGCCUCGUGGCCGACCUCACAGACUUAAUCAAAGAGAACGAAACAAUGCCGCAGGCAACAAAGCUCACGGAGGCCAUGGGCCACGCCAUGGAGGUGAUGACCAAUAUUUCGCAGCGCAAAGUCAAGUGCGCUUCCAUCACCUUCCGCAAGCUGUUCGUCUUUGUGACCUCCAUCGCCCGCACCAACCUGGAGGCGGAGAUCAUUCAGCGCGGCGGCUCGCUCUGCUCCGCCAACGCCACCAGAUACAAGCCCAAACGUGAUUGCAUUGUGCCGCUGCUGCAUGUGCUGUCGGUGCACGUGCGCGUCCUGGUGGAGUGGCCGCUGUGGAGCAGCUGGGCCUCGUUGGCGGGUCUGCCCGUGAGCGAUACAGAGCCCCUGCCGGCGCACUGCGUUGAGCUGAUACCCAGCCUGCUUGCCGAUCCCAUAGCACUGCUGCUCAAGUUCAUUCUGCUGGCACCGCUACACCUGGACCAGGAUUAUUUCACCUGCAUGGUGAAGGUGAUGUACAACUUGCUCUACUACCAAAUCGUAGUCCAGCUUUGCGUCACCCUCACGGAUCUCGAGGUCGAUCAUAUUCUGGCCACUUAUGGCGGCAGUGCGAGCGAUAGUGCUGCCUCGGAAACAUCGCCGGAAUCGGGACGCCGUCGUGUAGGUGGCCAGCGCCCGGAGAACUCCUCGCAGCUGGGCAAGGCCAUGACCUUGGUCCUGGAACAGACAAACAAGCUAGUCCACUUGCGACGUGAUAGCAUACCUAGCACGAGUAGCUCAGCUGCAGCUGCUAGUUCUUCCUCUUCCGCUGCCGGAGCAGGAGCAUGCUCAUCCUCUUCCGCUUCCGCCACCGCCUCUGCCUCCGAGGUGAACCUCAAGUCAAUGGAGCUGCAGCUCCAAUCGCUUUGCCUGCCCUUUUUGCGCGUGGCUGCUCUGCUGCGUCAGCAUUUGUACCGCCACGAGAUGCCGGAGAUAUCGGCGCCGGGUCUGGAGUUUGUGCGCCUGGUCUACUACCUGGAACUGGUCACAGACUCCAUGGACUGGGACUGCUUCAACGCCAGCAAGGGUCUGUGCUUCAUACCGGGCACCGAGCGCACGCUGCCGCAGUUCUGGUGCCAGCAGCUAAUGGAUGUUCGCCCGCCGACGGACACCACACGGGAGCUAGUGCUCAUUAACCAGCAUUCUCUGUGGCAGCAGCCGCGUCUCCUGGAGCUGCCGCGCGAGUACGAGCGCCUGUUUACGUACUACCACGAACGGCCCUGCCUUAACUGCUACAAAGUACCCAAGGAGAGCUCCAUCUGCCUGCUGUGCGGGACGAUUGUGUGCUUGAAGCAGAACUGCUGUGCGGAGAACGAUUGCUGCGAGGCGGUGCGGCACACGCUGUCUUGCGGUGGAGGCAUCGGUAUUUUCCUGGUGGUCACCUCAACCUACAUCAUCGUGAUCCGCGGACGCCGGGCCUGCCUGUGGGGCUCCCUCUAUCUGGACGACUUUGACGAAGAGGAUCGCGAUCUCAAGCGCGGCAAACCCUUGUAUCUGAGCCAGGACCGUUUCAAUCUGCUCGAGUCGCAGUGGCUGUCGCAUAAGUUUGCCCACACAAAACACACCUGGGUGUUCCAUCGGGAUCUCUUGUGAAAUAUGGAAGAUCUACUGCGCAGCAUACAGGAGCUAGUUGGCCAGAUCUGAGGGAAUACACACUGCAACGAUGUCGUUUUGGUAGCCGCUCCUGCCACUCUCCCACUCACCGCCUAGUCGAGUCCGAACACACACCACAACCACCACUAGCCACAUGAUCCGAGAUUCGCAAACAUUAACCACAUACAGGCUCUCUCACUCCCAGUUUUUUUUUGGUUUUUCAUGAAUCGGGUUUCGUUAAAUGGAUCUAAAAGGUUCUAGUUUCCCAUCCUCAAGCCAAGCUUAGCAUUGCUUAAGCCAAGGAUAGGAAUCGCAUUGAAGAAACCUAACCUAACCCGCAUCCGUAUGUAGCUACAGGCCUUUCUCUUUCGUCGCAAUAGUUGAUAUUAAAAUAUGUAUAAGGUCGCGAAACGGAAAGACCGAGGUGGAAACUGAAAGAAAUAAAAAUUAUAUUAUUUGAUGAGAGAGCUUGACAAACAAAAUUUAAAGCAAGAUACAUGGAAGAUAUGGAAAAGACACACGGCACACGCAUGUGAAUCUCUCGAGAAACAGAAAGAAACGAAAAUGUUUUACAAGAAAUUUAGUACGACUUAUAAAUAAUAUACAUAUAUAAUAUAACAAAAAAUAUAUAUAUUUCAACCACAAAAACUGGCGUGGCUUGUUGGACAAAGACGUUAAAACUAAAAAAACAAAACAAAACCGGAACAGAGAAUUAAAAAAUGUUUAAGCACCGCGCGGCUCUCUCUAAAUGCGUUCUACCCAAACUAUGUCUUAAGUCCUUAACAUUAUAGGUUUUUUUUUUUUAGGGAAACAAAUCGUAAAAAAAAGAUAAAGCGAAAAGCGUCUAACAAAUUAUAUAACAACUGUCUUCUUUGGCCUCAUGAGUUUGUGCAUGUAAAAAAUGAAAACUAAAUCAAGUUAAAACACAAUUAUAUAGUUAAUAUAUAUAUAAACACAUAAAUAUAUAUAAAUACCGUAUAAAUACUAAAGUUAAUGCAAAAGAAUACAAAAUAAACGAAAAGCGAAUUGUGAA